AGGUGGCGGUAGUCGCACGCGGGUCGGCGUGCGAGCGCGCGCGUCGCACGUGCAUGGCGCGCUUGUCUGGAUGCCUCGUGCCCACGGGGAAUGGCUUCGUCCGAAGAAGAGGUGACAACCGCGUCGUCCAGCCCUGAAGAUGACUGCCUCAGCGUGCGAAAAUGGUGGUGCUUCCUGUUGUCGUCGAUCAUCACGUUCAUCACGGGGCUGUUCAUCGUGGGGGUAUGGCGGUGCUGCGCGUACGCGUGCUGCCGCAAGGAGCCGGAGCUGUCGCCCAACGACCCCAAGCAGAAGGAGCAGAAGGCGGCGCGCCAGGGCAAGCAGGAGUUCGAGGGCACGUUCAUGACCGAGGCGAAAGACUGGGCCGGCGAGCUCAUCUCCGGCCAGACCACCACCGGCCGCAUACUGGUAGUGUUGGUGUUCAUUCUCAGUAUAGCAUCGCUGAUCAUCUACUUCAUUGACGCGUCCAGUGAGGAAGUGGAACGUUGCCAGAAAUGGAGUGACAAUAUAACUCAGCAGAUCGACCUUGCCUUUAACAUAUUUUUUAUGGUCUACUUUUUUAUACGAUUUAUAGCAGCUAGUGACAAACUAUGGUUCAUGCUCGAGAUGUAUUCAUUUGUAGAUUAUUUCACAAUACCCCCCUCCUUUGUAUCAAUAUAUCUGGAUAGAACGUGGAUAGGGCUUAGGUUCCUCCGAGCUCUACGUUUAAUGACCGUGCCUGAUAUUUUGCAGUACCUCAAUAUAUUAAAGACAUCGAGUUCGAUACGGCUGGCCCAAUUAGUUUCUAUAUUUAUAUCGGUAUGGUUGACCGCAGCCGGUAUCAUACAUUUGUUGGAGAACUCCGGUGACCCCCUAGAGUUCGACAACGCGCAGUCGCUCUCGUAUUGGACGUGCGUGUACUUUCUCAUAGUGACCAUGUCCACAGUAGGUUACGGUGACGUCUUCUGUCACACUGUUCUCGGCAGAACAUUUUUGGUUUUUUUUCUGCUCGUCGGCUUGGCAAUGUUCGCUAGUAGCAUUCCCGAAAUUAUAGAGCUGGUAGGAAGUAGGUCCAAGUACAGUGGCGAGCUGAAGCGUGAACAUGGAAAAAGGCAUAUUGUAGUAUGUGGACAUAUAACAUACGAAUCAGUAAGCCAUUUUUUAAAAGACUUCCUACAUGAAGACAGAGAGGAUGUGGAUGUUGAGGUUGUUUUUUUACAUAGGAAACCACCUGACCUGGAGCUUGAAGGCCUGUUCAAGAGACACUUUACUACCGUGGAAUUCUUUCAAGGCACCAUUAUGAAUCCAAUCGACCUGCAGAGGGUGAAAGUUCAUGAAGCGGAUGCAUGUUUGGUGCUAGCGAACAAAUACUGCCAGGACCCCGAUGCGGAGGAUGCCGCUAACAUUAUGAGGGUCAUCUCUAUUAAGAAUUAUUCAGAUGACAUCAGAGUUAUUAUACAGCUUAUGCAAUAUCACAACAAGGCGUAUCUACUGAACAUACCGUCGUGGGACUGGAAGCAGGGCGACGACGUGAUCUGCCUGGCGGAACUCAAGUUGGGCUUCAUCGCGCAGAGCUGCCUCGCCCCGGGCUUCUCCACGAUGAUGGCUAAUCUCUUCGCCAUGAGGAGUUUCAAAACGUCCCAGGACAUGGCUAUAUGGACUAAUGACUACAUGCGAGGCACGGGCAUGGAGAUGUACACCGAGACACUGAGCAGUACCUUUAUCGGGAUGCCGUUCAAACAAGCGGCAGAGUUAUGUUUCACGAAACUAAAGUUGCUGCUAUUGGCGAUCGAGAUCAAAGGGGAAGAAGGCGCAGACAGCAAGAUUUCAAUCAACCCUCGCAAUGCCAAGAUCCAUGCUAACACACAAGGAUUCUUUAUAGCACAGUCCGCUGAUGAGGUUAAAAGGGCGUGGUAUUAUUGUAAGGCUUGUCAUGAAGACAUCAAGGAUGAAACUCUUAUCAAGAAAUGCAAAUGCAAAAACUUGACCGCACACCAGCGGAAGGUCGGAGCCGACAUAGAUGUCGGAAUGAUGAUGAUGCAGUCCGGAAUGGUGAAACAAAACCUUAAUACAUAUCGAGAUUGCAUCGACGAUGACCACCAUCCUCCCCCCACCUUCACGCCGCCAGAGUUGCCCAAGAAGGUCCAUGUUCGAGGUGAAGUCGCAAGAGAAAGAGGUGAAGAUAUUAGUUUAAUAAACCGCAACCAUCGUAGUGCGGCGCCGAACGCUCUGCUGUCGCCGAUGGCCAACCAGCUCGCAAAUACAACUACGAGGCAAGUCAACAAAGUCAAGCCGAACGUCAACAGAGCGCCCCCGGACACGAAUCCGCCAGAGCAAGAUACCAAUUACCAGGCGUAUCAUCUUGCCUACGAAGUGAAAAAGCUAAUGCCGACGAGUCGAAGUAGUGGAGGCAAUCAAAACAGCAACGGCGUGAGUUUACCAGCGGGUCUCGCGGACGACCAGUCGAAAGAUUUCGACUUCGAAAAGACUGAAAUGAAAUAUGACUCCACGGGAAUGUUCCAUUGGAGUCCUGCGAGAAACCUCGAAGAUUGUAUACUAGACAGAAAUCAAGCGGCCAUGACAGUGUUGAAUGGUCACGUGGUGGUGUGCCUGUUCGCGGACCCGGACUCGCCGCUUAUCGGGCUGAGGAACUUGGUGAUGCCACUCCGGGCUUCCAACUUCCACUACCACGAGCUAAAACACGUUGUAAUCGUCGGCAGCGUCGACUACAUUCGGAGGGAGUGGAAGAUGCUGCAGAAUCUACCCAAAAUAUCGGUUUUAAAUGGUUCUCCGCUGAGCCGAGCGGACCUGCGAGCGGUGAACGUGAACCUGUGCGACAUGUGCUGCAUCCUGUCCGCCAAGGUGCCGUCGAACGACGACCCAACGCUCGCUGACAAGGAGGCCAUCCUCGCCUCGCUAAACAUCAAGGCAAUGACAUUCGAUGACACGAUCGGCGUCCUGAGCGCGGGCAACGGCGCUGCGCCGCCACCGCAGGGCACCCCUGCAGCGCCCGUGCUGCUACAGCGACGCGGCUCAGUGUAUGGUGCCAACGUGCCCAUGAUCACAGAACUGGUAAACGACAGCAACGUGCAGUUCCUGGACCAGGAUGACGACGAUGACCCCGACACGGAGCUGUACCUUACGCAGCCCUUUGCCUGCGGUACCGCCUUUGCUGUCAGCGUGCUCGACUCUCUGAUGUCCACUACGUACUUCAAUCAGAACGCGCUGACGCUGAUCCGGUCCUUGAUCACGGGCGGCGCCACGCCCGAGCUGGAGCUCAUCCUAGCAGAGGGCGCGGGCCUGCGCGGCGGGUAUUCCACCCCCGAAAGCUUGGCCAACAGGGACCGUUGUCGAGUAGGCCAGAUCUCUCUGUACGACGGUCCUCUGGCGCAGUUCGGCGAGGAGGGCAAGUACGGCGACCUGUUCGUGGCGGCGCUGCGCACGUACGGCAUGCUCUGCAUCGGUCUCUACCGCUUCCGCGACACCUCCUCCAGCUCGGACGCCAGCAGCAAGCGCUACGUCAUCACCAACCCACCCGACGACUUCUGCUUGUUGCACACAGAUCAAGUCUUCGUGCUGAUGCAAUUCGACCCCGGUGUGGAGUACCGCGCGAGCAGGCGCGCGGGCGCAGCCGCCAAGGACGACGCCUCCUGACUAUUGCUGUGCAGCGCCCUCACCGACGGGCCCUACUCCUACAUCUAGAGGGCUCGUACCCACGGACAAUCCUACCCAACCCAAUCCACAAACCCUUGCAACCCGACUACGAUUAAAAACGGUAAACAUGUACGGAUGCUGACUGACAUAGCCGUAUUUUAAUACUGUAUUUAAUCGUAGCUGGAUUUUUUUUUAUUAUUUCAUUUGUAUUAGAUUUGUGUUACUGACCCAAAGGCUGUCAGAGACUCGCAGAGCCUAAAAACCUACUUUAACUUCCCUUAUCCAAAUUUAUUUUGGCGUAGGUUAACAACAAAUACUAUCUAUGCUGCACCUAAAACCCUUUUUAUUUUAUCUUCUGUCUUUGUAAAAUUGGACACUGCACCGCUAUCCUAUAUUAUUUCUCUUACACUGGUCACAAUAUACUACUGCGUUUGGAGUCUCCAACAAAAAAUUCAAAAUUAAAAAUAUAAACAACACAUAAAAAAUAUCUAUUUUAAAUCAAAAUUACAUGCAAUACAUAAAUCCCGUGGACACAUACAGGGGUGUUCUACAAUU